AUGGCUGUCUCGGCCAUACGUUCUGUUUACUACAGAAUAGCCUUUAGGUGGGCACCAGACCCAUCGAGUGCCUCGGAGAUUGAGUUGCCGAGUCCAGAGAAAAGUUCCGAUGGCGGGCCGAGGAGGCAUUUGGGGGCAUUGCAGCCCACAUCAUUGAAAGAUGCCCUGAACACUCUGAGGACCGCCCUGGAGAACAGGGGUGAACCUGCGAAGAAGGCGAAAGGGCCCAAUCCCAAGAAACAAUCACCAUUGGACAAGGCGAGCACGAAAUCCUCGAAGAAACAAGCGGAAGAAGAGCCAGCUUCGGAAGCACCCUCGGCUUCCUCAGGAGAGACAACGACGAAGAAGAAGCGAGACAAGAAAUCGCAGCAGCCGGAUACUCUCAAGAUAUCGAGUAUCGAAUCAAAGGAAUUGGCCCUGACGCCGGUUGUAAAGCAACAGCCUCCUGUGCCCAACCUAUCCUAUGGCCUAGACCGAGUCCUAUUCAACCCCGGGGUCUACCAUCUCCAGGAUCCCCGGUCGCGAGUCUUCAACUUCGACCCCUACCUCGCUGCGAUUAUGCCCAUCAAAGAAUUCGAUUUCAAUUCCCUGAAGCAAUAUGUCACCUCUUCCAAGGACACGGCACUGACAGAGAUUGCCGCCGAAAACAUGAAGAAGUACUCGGGUUCGACCUCCAGCAUGACCUCCAUGCUUGCACACUUCCAUUUCCUCCUCUCUGCAUGGCGCCCGGUCAAUCCGGCACACAUCUCCCGAGGCUUCCAGAUCGAGUCGACGAACUUCACCAGGAUCAGCCGGUCUCCAGCAGCGAUCUUCCUCCACUGGAAGAACGGCACGUAUGCCAUUGAUGCCGACAAGGAAUUUGACAGCGCAAACAUCCUGAGCAUGCUAGGAAAAUCGAUGGAGAAGCUUUUAACCUUGUCGAAGGAGGACUUUGAGAAGUACCGGCGGACAAACUCAGAUCAAUUGACAGAGGAGGAACGGAACGGGCCGGAGUCGUACCAUUACACGACCAUGGGGGACUUCUUGAUGAGGUCGCAGCUAGACGCCCACGACAACAGGCUCCCGGGAACCGGCAUGUUCGAUCUCAAGACAAGGGCAGUCGUCUCGAUCCGAAUGGAUGCCCAGGACUUCUGGAAGGGCCUGGGUUAUGAGAUCCGUCAUCGGAUCGGCCAAUGGGAGUCCUACGAGCGCGAAUACUACGACAUGGUCCGCUCCGCCUUCUUGAAGUACUCGCUGCAGGUGCGCAUGGGUCGUAUGGACGGCAUCUUCGUCGCCUUCCACAACACCCAGCGCAUCUUUGGCUUCCAAUACAUCCCACUGCCCGAGAUGGAUCUGGCCCUCCACGGGACGGAGAACAUCACGCUCGGGGACAGGGAAUUCAAACUGAGUCUCCACCUCCUGAACAAGGUCCUCGACAAGGCGACUGCAAAGUGGCCGGAGCAGUCUCUACAGAUCCACUUUGAGACACGACCGUCAGACCCGCCGUUCAUGUACAUUUUCGCCAAGCCGGUCACGCAGGAGGAGAUCGAAGCGGUACAGACCAAGAACAAAGCGCAAGUGGAGGCAUUUGAGAGCGAGAUGAUGGGCAUGAUCCACAAGGAAGAGGAGGGGAGGGGCAAAGCCAGCGAGAUAAUCGAGGAGGAGGACAGCCUCGAGGAAGCUGAAGAAGGUGCUGACCAGGAGGAGACCAGCCUCGACGUGUGGGAAGACAUGAUGGGCAAAGUCGAAGAGACGCUGGAGAACGACGAGCUCGGCGUCAAUUCUGUCCGGGAGGCGAUUGAGGAUGCCCUUGAGCAGAGCGGUCUCCUCCAGAUGGAAUCGACCGAGGAGUCGCGCCACUACUUGGAUGCUCUGUUGGAGGCACUCACGAGCGAAGCCAAAGAGGGCAACUCCGCCGCCGAUGAUUCAGACAACAACGGCCUGGACAAGACAGGGAACCAUCAAGCCGACUCGCCUCGCACUGAUACCGCAACAGAAAACAGGGAACAUCGGAACGAGAUGUCUUCUGCAGAUGAGCAGGAUACCUUCGAGGUAACGCGAGGUACUGAGGGACAAGAGGAAAAUCGGCCCCUAGAGAACGAUCACAGUCCGGAGCCGACGAGCGAGGCUAGCUCGACCGAGGAAGGCGGAUCGUCCGACCAGCCGUCACUCAAGGACCUGAUAAUCAAGCUCGCAGCCAAGUUCCAGGCGAGUCCCGUGGAACGACUGGGCGAGGCAGGAGAAGCAGAGGCCGGCCCUCAAGAAGGCCUCUCCUCAGACUCCAUCAAGCUUCGCAAGUUUGAGAAGAUCCUCUCCGAGAUGAUGCGCAAGUCUCCCGAGCUAGGCAGCCAACGAAGCGACGAGCAGUCACGACAGGGCAGCGAGUCAACGACAACACCAACAACCACGGACGAUCCAGCCUCCACGCCUCCAUCAUCGACCCAAGGCGAGGCCUCCACCUCAGAAGAUGCGCCGACCACCACCACCACCACCACCCCGGCCCCGGCCCCAGAGGACAAGGUUCUGGGUAUGGUUCUGACGAUCCGCAACAAGGUCGACGGCAAGUACGUCAAACGGCCGGAGCGCCUCGCCAAGGCCUCGUCGUGGACGGUCGAGUACUCGGUCGAGGACCUCUCGGCGACGCGGGCGAACCGGAUCUACGACAUGGUCGUGGCGCGGCGGCGCAAGACGCUACGGCAACCCGGCCGCGGCGACGACGAAGAAGACGGUGGUGGCGAGCGCAACACCACCACUACCGCCGCCAGCAGCGGCUCGGACGACUGGGCCCAGAAGUUCCAGGGCCAGCUCGAGGCGUACAGCAAGAAGGGCCGCGCCUUCCGCGAGAGGGAGAACGAGAAGGCUAGGGCGCACCCCGUCCGCGUCUACGGUGCUGAGGGGGAGCUGAGGUGGGAGGAUGUCUUUACCGACGAGGGGGGCCCGGCGGUCCCGAAACCGCUUGGGAAGGUGAGGGAGUAA